AUGAAACUCAAAAUAGAAUGGGUGAAACACGGUCUGCGGAAACCAACGAUGACAGCGAUUGUAUUCAAGGUAAACGACCCGUUUCCAAAAAGAAGAAAACAUGUGACGACGAAAAUUAAUUUGGUUCAAGUAUUAAAGGAAAGUAUCGCAAUAAGAGAAGAGCGUGAAAGAAAGCAAGAAUCUGAUUCAGAUAGACUAUUUAUGCUUUCGCUUCUAGAAGAUUUUAAAAACAUUCCGAAACAUCGUAAACUUUCUACGAGAAUGGAGUUAAUUGACGUAAUAAAAAGAGCUCAAAUGCCUUUUAUGGAAACUUACAAUUCCGAAUUUGGUGUGUUUCGCCAAGGUCAUGUUGAUUAUGAACCAGGGACAUCAACCGCCAGAUUAUUUAGACCAGAAACAUCGGUUAGUGGACAGUAUCGCCAUGGAUACUCGACUGAAUAUGGACCGGGAAACUCGAGCAGUAGGCAAUAUCGCCAUGAAUACUCAACUGAAUAUAGGCCGGAAAUCUCGAGCAGUGGGCAAUAUCGCCACGAAUACUCGACGCAGUCAAAUUAUGGGCCAGAAGUCACGAGCAGUGAAAGCCGCCGUGCAUAUUCUACGUCUGUUCCAGACAUGCAAGACAAUACCGGAUAUACUGAGGUGUUAUCUCCAUCUGACACAAAUAUAACAGAUACGUCUCAGAAUUCUGAAUUACUUGAACUAUUUCAGAAAAAUCCUUUACUAUUAAUGUAA